CACAGUCCAGACAUACGUAGAAACAACACAGAUUGUGAGAACUGCAGGAUUUAGGAAUAUUUCACCACAAGGUUAUUUAAAAUGAGCAUGAGUAUUCCAGAGGAGAAUGAUGAACAACAGUUCUCUCCAGAAGGUCACAAUUUUGCCAAUAGAUUUGAUGGCAUCAGUUUGGGAUCAAUUCCAUCUCAUAAUUCCAUGGAAAACGGACAGCAGAUGCAUCAGCCUACUGGGGCCACCGAAUACAGCCAUCAGCACCAAGAUAUGAUGGGUCUCAAUCAGUUGGAGCAACCAGACACACUUUCAUCAGUUCAGGGUUGCAGAAAUAAUUACAACUUUUUGACGGCAAACAAGCCAGCUGUGAACUACUAUCCACCUCAACAACCAUAUGUCCACCCAGUUACGCCUCAACCCAUCCGCUGUUUGACAAUUCGGCAACCAGUCAUUGGACGAUCAAUGCGAGGGAAUACUGUACCUGUAGGGGCUGUCCCAUAUCAUGGUAACAAUUUCCGCAAUGAUCAUCAAUGGCCUCGUGAUGGACCAAACCCAAGACCUGAUCCAAGGACAGAACUUAGACCAAGUGCUUUACCAGAAGAGCAGCGUCAGGUCUUCAUCACCUACUCCAUGGACACUCGGGAUGAGGUUUUGCGAUUUGCACAUUUUCUUUGUGCCAAUGGGUUCAAGACAGCAAUUGACAUACUUCAGAGAUCAUUACAAGGUGUGGACAUCAUUAGCUGGAUGGAAGGGAACCUAACUAAUGCUAACACCCUUAUAAUAAUAGCGAUCAGCCCACAGUAUAAGAUGGACGUGGAUGAAAAUGCAUCUCCCAUCACAGAUAACCAUGGUUUGCAUGCCAGAUACAUCCAUAGAAUGAUGCAAAUUGAAUUCAUUAACCAAGGUAGCAUGAACUUCAGAUUCAUUCCUGUCCUGUUUCCUAAUGCUUGUGAGGAAGAUGUGCCUGUUUGGCUAAGAAACACCAUCAUUUACCGGUGGCCUGAAUCCCGUGAGGAAAUUAUUCUGAGGUUACUAAGGCAGGAGCGAUACGUUAUUCCUCCUGUUGGAGACCUUCCAGUACUGCAACUAAGAACUGUGUGACAAAAAAAUACCCCACUGCAACAAAUGACAUUAAGGAACAUAGAAAUACACCAAUCAGCCAUAACAUUAUGACCACUGACAGGUGAAGUGAGUAAAACUGAUCUUGUUAUCAUGGCACCUGUCAGUGGGUGGGAUAUAUUAGGCAACAAGUGGACAUUUCGUCCUCAAAAUUGAUGUGCUGGAAACAGGAAAAA